AUUGACGCCGUUUUUGUACUCAUAACACUCGAGAGUUGAGAUCUAGAGAGCGGGUUAGUUCCAACCACCAACAGCCAUGGCACCUUCUCUCGUGAAUAACGGCGACAUAAAGUCUUCUCCGGCGACGGGACGUGUGGCCUCAGUUUACAGUGAAGUGCAGACAAGCCGUAUAGAUCACUCACUCCCUCUCCCCUCUGUACUCAGGAAUCCCUUCAAAAUCGUCGAUGGACCAGUAAGUUCCUCCGCUGGAAAUUCAGGUGAAAUUGCGAAGCUGUUCCCAAAUCUGUUUGGGCAGCCUUCAGCAAUGUUGGUGCCUAACGAGGUUGAUACACUGUCUUCGGAUCUGAAGCUGAAGAUCGGCGUCGUCUUGUCUGGUGGUCAAGCUCCGGGAGGUCAUAAUGUGAUCUCUGGCAUCUUUGAUUACUUGCAGGAUCGUGUGAAAGGAAGCACCCUGUUCGGGUUCAAGGGUGGUCCUGCUGGGAUCAUGAAGUGCAAAUAUGUAGAAUUAACAACGGAUUAUAUUUAUCCAUAUAGAAAUCAGGGUGGCUUUGAUAUGAUUUGCAGUGGGAGAGACAAGAUUGAAACUCCUGAGCAGUUCAAACAAGCUCAAGAAACAGCUUUGAAACUCGAUUUGGAUGGGCUUGUUGUUAUUGGUGGAGAUGACUCCAACACAAAUGCUUGCCUCCUCGCUGAAAACUUCAGGAGCAACAAUAUUAGAACUCGGGUGAUUGGGUGCCCAAAGACCAUUGAUGGGGAUUUGAAAUGUAAAGAGGUUCCUACCAGUUUUGGAUUUGAUACUGCAUGCAAGAUUUAUGCAGAAAUGAUUGGGAAUGUCAUGAUAGAUGCUCGGUCUACUGGAAAAUACUAUCACUUUGUAAGACUUAUGGGGCGCUCAGCUUCACACAUUACGUUAGAGUGCGCUUUGCAAACUCAUCCAAACAUUACUAUCAUUGGAGAAGAGGUUGCUGCCAAGAAGCUGUCGUUGAAGAAUGUUACUGAUUACAUUGUAGAUGUGGUCUGUAAACGUGCCGAACUUGGUUAUAACUAUGGUGUGAUACUUAUUCCUGAAGGUCUAAUUGAUUUCAUUCCUGAGGUGCAGGCACUCAUUGCUGAACUGAAUGAGAUACUGGCCCAUGAAGUCGUAGAUGAAGAUGGCCUCUGGAAAAGGAAACUUACGGAUCAAUCACUUAAGCUCUUUGAAUUUUUACCCCAAGCAAUUCAGGAACAAUUGAUGCUUGAAAGAGAUCCUCAUGGGAAUGUCCAGGUUGCCAAGAUUGAAACAGAGAAGAUGCUUAUUCAAAUGGUUGAGACUGAAUUGGAGAAAAAGAAGCAGGAAGGUGUCUAUAAACGCCAAUUUAAGGGACAGUCGCACUUCUUUGGGUAUGAAGGAAGAUGUGGUUUGCCUACAAACUUUGAUGCUUCGUACUGCUAUGCUUUGGGUUAUACUGCUGGAGCUCUUCUUCAUAGUGGGAAAACUGGGUUGAUAUCAUCAGUAGGGAAUUUGAGCACUCCUGUAGAAGAAUGGACAGCUAGUGGGACUGCUUUGACUUCUCUUAUGGACGUAGAAAGGAGACAUGGUAAAUUCAAGCCUGUGAUUAAAAAGGCAAUGGUGGAGCUUGAAGGAGCACCAUUCAAAAAGUUUGCCUCCAUGCGCGAUGAGUGGGCCCUUAAGAAUUGCUACAUCUCUCCCGGUCCCAUUCAAUUCAAUGGCCCAACAUCUACUGCUGUUAACCACACCCUGCUACUGGAGUUGGGAGCCCAAGCCUAGGCAUAUUUAUAGGCUCCUGUUUUGUUGCAAUGUCAUGGUUAUGGAGAGGACCACCUUAAAUAGUCCUUUUACUCAGACCCUCUUUUCUGCCCUUUUUUGGGUCCAAUUGUGGCUAUUGGAGUGAAAUGUUGUCGACUCUUACAUUGAAUUGAAGUUAUCUUUUCAUGGCAGUCAAAUAAUAGUUGUGGCGAAAUGCGAAUGAGCGUUGGUUUCCACCCAACUGUUCA